AUGACUUUGACCGCAGUGCUGCCGACGAAUAUGCUUUGGGACCAACGCAACGUGGAUUUUAACCCAGUCAAGAUCAACUUUAGCGGGAAAGUUGUGUUCGAGAAUCUGGACCUAGAAUUUCCCGCGGGCAAGACUACUGCUAUCGUUGGUCCCUCGGGAAUAGGCAAGUCGAUGUUGCUCUACUGGGUUCGGACGCUGGUCUAUCGGUAUGUCAUUGGAGAGGUAGUCAAAUUCGCAAUCGAAUGUGUCUUUUUAUCAUCAGGUGAGGACGUGGCAAGAGACGGCGCAAAGGCAUCGGCCGAUAGGAUUACGGCGCAAUGCAUACAUGUACAUUGCCUUAGUCAAUACCUCUUCAAUCAAUUUGCUGCCCUCCUUGCUCCUGAACAACCCGUGCCCGAUCCUGUGCGUUCACUAAAGACCCAAAGCUCCCCUGCCACACCUGACGCAGCUGUAGAAGCUGUGCCCCUUGGCCGCAGGCGUUCUCGACGUGCUCGGACUGAGUCUUGCUAUUCGGACAUGGGUAGUUUUGCUAUCUAG